AUGCGUCGUCGUUGCAUGAGUGAAAGCAUUGAGGUGACUGAAUUGCAGUUGAUGAAGGGCCAACCGCCAGCGCCCAAUACCUCGCCCUCUGCUGCCUUUGCCAGCGGUCGUUUUGCUAACCUCCUGCGUUCCUCCCUUCGACUCUCCGCACCCAAUAAAAAGUCGACAAGAACUUUGGAGGUCGCACAGCAGGCUUCGACGGCUCCCGUGUCUCCACGUCACGGCAGCGCCGAGACAACAGGGUGUCGAACGUCAGCCCCACGCAAGGACUCGUCACCGUCAGUCGCGGCAAUCGCCAGUCCGAGAACUUUUGCCCGACGGUCCGCUUCCAUGGCAAGCACGUCGAGCUACGGACGCCCAGUUUGUCGCAUCUGUCACGAUCCCAACUCUACACCAAGAGCCACUGACGACAUCGGCGACUCUGAUGUGGGUGAUCGUCCACUGGGGCGACUCAUAGCGCCUUGUUUGUGCGACGGAAGCCUUAAGUACGUCCACGAGACCUGCAUUCAGCAGUGGAUUGCCAUUAGCCACUCAAAGCGCUGCGAACUGUGUCGUUUUGAGUACCACCUCAAAAGCUACAGCAAACCACUUCGUGAGUGGACAUGCUGCCCGUUGAAGUCGACGGAACUGCGACGCGUGCUCUGCUUCCUUCUAAUCUACGUAGUGAUGCAGGCCUGUGUGAUUUGGGCUCUCUACGCCAUCAUCGGUCACAUCCUCGAGAAUCCCAAGUCGCGCGAACGCAACUGGCAGUUUUGGGUAAAGAUCCUUGUGAUUAUGGUGGGAAUUGUUAGCGUGCUUAUCUUCACCUACGUGCAGGUGCGCUACCUUUUCGACCUCAUUCAGCGCUGGUACGCGCAGAACAAAAUCUCUGUUGUCCAGGAGCCCUCCGUGGAAGCGCUUGCCAAGAUUCGCGUUGAACAGCGCUCAAGCAUCCCAAAGAACGAGUUCAGCGCCGCGGCAGGUGCCGCUGCUGGGGGCGGUGCCAACACCGUGACUGCGAUGCCGUGA